ACGUUGCCUAGUUAAGCGCUUCCUCAACUCAAUAUUUUGUCUGUUUAUAUAUAGUAUAUGAAAGAACACGGAUGGCCUAAUAUAAGUCCUGAAAUUACCCAGUCCAGUAUACCGCCCAUAUAGUACACAUUUUUUACGCGUCUCCUAGUAAACGUUGAGGCAUUCAUCGAUACAGCGGGUGAAAUUCAACUUAUAAAACGUCCUAUCAACACACAUCAGUCUAUAGGGAUGUGUGCCUAUGAAUAGUAGGGGUGUCUAGCUGCGAUAUAAGGGGAAGCAAAUCAGAAAUGGUUCUCAACUGGUUGGCGGGAGGCGACGCAGAUCUCUCCAACAGUUUCUCAACCAACAGUGACGCGUCUGACUCUGCAGAAUCGGAUGUGGAAGAUAAAAGGGGCCGCCUAUACAAAAAUGUACUCAACAGAGACCUGGAAAAGGAAGUAGAAGAAGCUUUCUCAUUGUUUGACAAAGAUGGUGAUCAUGUAAUCGACUUCUUUGAGUGUCAAGCGGCCUUUAAAGCGCUCAGGCUGGACCCAUCCUCUGAGAAUAUUAAGGAACUAUUCAAGGAACUUGGAAAGGAUGAGAGUGAUGUAUUGACACUUAUGGACUUCAAAACACUUGUAAUCGCUAGAAUACACACGAGAUACACGUCUAGCGAAGUUGAAAAAAUCUUCAACCAGAUACAAGAUGGAAAAGGCAGCAAUAUCUCAAACGAGGAGCUAAAUUUAAUGAUCUCAGAAGCAUCAAGCAACGGGGAUUUUAUCACUAUUGAGGACUUUAGCAGACUUAUGAAGCGAUCCUGGACGGGAGAUCCUAUAGAUAUGCUCUCAGAUUCCGAGUAG